GGGCGGGGUUUUUGGGGCGUAAUCAGAAGAUCGAAGCCCAAAAUCCGAAAGCUUUCACCUAAUCCGCUUCACAAUUUGUUUGAACAUGAAAAAGACGUUUCCUUUCCUGCUGUUUCGCACAAUCGAUUGGCUUUAUGUUAGCUAAACCUUCCUUCGAAAGUGUAGAAUUAAUUUCAUCUUCUAGUUUCUUGUUAAUUUAUUGCCACACUAAAUUAUUCCCUUUUUUUCUAAAAAAUAUGGAAUUGAUUAAUAAUUUCCAUAUGUAUUGCUUUGAACUGUUGAAGGCGGUGCUCAUCACCAAGACUUGUCUGCGAUGGGGUGCAACUUGUUAUGAAUUGUAUAAGUUAGCUAGUCUGGAACGACAAUUGGAGGAACAAAAUCGCAGAUCGGAGCUCAAAUUUGGUGAAACACAACAAAAAUUGGACGCCAUGCUCCAAUUGUUACAGAAGAAAUUCGAAGAAGAAGAAGAAGAUAUUCAUUCAAAUCACUCGAAUCAUUCUCAUCAACCUAAUUCUGUGCAUGAGAACAUUGGAAUUCAGUUCAGCUCGGGUAAUCAUUCUAAACUUCUUGGAUUUUCUCCAAAAUUUGAGUUUCCGAUUUUCAAUGGAACAUGCCCUAGAAGUUGGAUUCAGAAGUGUGCUAGAUACUUUGAUUUGUGUAAGAUUGAACAUAACCAAAAAGUAGACCUAGCUUCAUUGUAUCUAUCUGCCAGAGCCGAAUCAUGGUUCAAUGGAUAUGUAUCUGUGCACAAAAAUAUUGUUUGGGAGCAGUUUGUUAUAGAUAUUUGUGCCAGGUUUAACGAAGAAUUGGGUGGAUCAUUCGUAAAAGAAUUCAAUAAAAUGAGACAAGGGAAUUCACUUGAUGAAUAUAUGGAUCAGUUUGAGAGUUUAAAAGGCCUCACGUCACAAAAAAUGAAAGACUGCCAGAUGACUUCUUCUUGGACAGUUUUAUAGGAGGUCUCAGUCCUACUAUAAAACAUUUUGUUAAGUCCUUUAAACCCAGAUCUCUACGGCAAGCUAUGGAAUAUGCUCGUGAUAGACACUAAUGGUUAGUGCCUAAAUAUGUGAUAGACACUAAUGGUUAGUGCCUAAAUAUGUUCUGCCAAGCAAAAAACAGCAUACCCAUUCGGGUAUUACUAAAACCCGGUCGGGUAAUCGGGAUUUCAGUCCGAUUUGGUCCCAAAUCAGCCCACAAAACACCCAUUUUCUUUCCUAAUCUCCCAAACUCAAACCCUCAACCUCCAUUGACAAUCAUCCAAGCUUCAAACCACUCCAAUCUCAACCAAAACAUCCAAAUUAACCCCACACUCUUCUUAUCCACAUCAUCCUCUCCAACCCCAAAACCUCCAAAAUAAAAUGUCAUUUCUUUUUCUCCUCACCCUACUUUCCAAAUCCACACACACAAAACCCACCAAGUCUUCCAAAUACCCUACAAACCAAAUUCCCUAACCCCCCAAGCUCAAGUUUGGAAUUCACUAAAAAAAAAUGAGAAAAAAAGCACCAAAGAGAACACAUAACUUCGACCACCAAGGGUACUUCUCCAACAUGCCCAACCUAGUACAACACCCGACAUGGUAUUAUCCCUCAUAUUAAUGCAAUUUGGAGGUUCUAGCUCCGGUGAACAUGGUCUUGGUGGCGAUGGCGGUUAUGGAGGGUACGUCGACGAUCAUGGUGCCGAACACUAGGGACAGUGUUUCAAAAAAAGUGUAGGGGAGGCACUCAUUUGGUAUGUACUCAUUUUUUUAACCUUGUAACUUGCAUUAUUUUUCUUCAACAAAAAAAAGCAAAAAAACAAUAAAAGAAAAAAAUGCGAGUUAGGUUGAAAACCCAGAAAAAAUGGGCAAUCUAAGAAAAAGUGGCUAAAAUGAGUGAGUUGUGAGAAACGAAAAAUAAAAAGAGAGGCUAGGAUGAAAACCUGAAAAGACUCCUAGGCAAAAUGAGAGAAUGAGAAAAAAAAUUCAAUUUGUGCAGGAAGAUAAUCAAAAAAAGAAGAAGAAGAAAAUGUUGGAUGGUUGGUCUGCUACUCUUGAGGUUUUGAAAACUUCAUGGGCAGGUUUUAAUUUACUCGAGACGAGUAAAGGUUCAAGUGUGGGAGUGUUUGAUAGACACUAGUUGUUAGUGCCUAAGUAUACAUUUUUAUUAUUGUUUGUAAUGUUUAUUUAUUAGUUUUGUGCAAGUUUGUAGUUGUUAGUUUGCAUUUGAUUGUAAUCGUAUUUCUAGCAUUUUAUUGUUUGUUGUAAGUUGUAGCUAGUUGGGCUAUAAGUUUAGGAUAAGUUUGGAAGCAAAAAGGAUGAAGAAUCCUGAGUUUUGUGCAAAACCCGGUCGGGUAUGAAGUGAAAGAGGAAGCUUCUGGGAAAUUAUAUCAAAUACCCGGUCGGGUAUUCCAUAUACCCGGUCGGGUAUGAAGUGAUUUCGGACAGAAAGACGUGCAAAAGAACACAAAAACGUGGGAAAAAGAUUUGAUUUGACAAAUACCCGGUCGGGUAUGUCAAAUACCCGGCCGGGUAUCCGGCCAUAGGUGUUGAAAAAACAUAUAAAUAACCCCAUUUUUCUUCACUUGUCAUCAUCCCUUCUUCCAUACUCUUAAGCUCAGUUUAGAAUAGCAUUUCUUUAUAUUUUUCUAGCUAUGUUUAGUCUCCAAAUGAGGAGCUAAACUUCCAUUUUUUGGUGUUGCUCUUGAAGCUUGUUGAUUAUUAAAGUUGUGAGUUAUUUUCUUAACUUUUUCCCUUGAAUAUUAAUUAUUAGUUCUUUCCUUAAUACUAUCUCUAUAUUAAUGUUGGGGAGUGUUGCUAAGAUGACAAUUAGCUAACAUCUUGACAUUAGUUAUAGUAGUAUUUUCUUCCUCUAUAUUAAUGUUGGGGAGUGUUGCUAAGAUGACAAUUAGUUAACAUCUUGAUGUUAAUUAUAAUAGGAUUCAUCUUCUUUAAUAAUAUUCUUCCUUGAAUAUUAAUUAAUUCAUAUUCAUAUUUCAUAUUAAUAUUUUGAACAUUACUUAAAGGAUCAACUAGUUUUGUUUCAUAUAUUAAUUAUUACUAGAAACGAUCGACGAACCGAUGGUUAAUCGUUGAUGGUUUCACAAGUAAGUAACUUCGGUUUAUUAAUGCACGGUCGUGGUUAAUAAACUUAAGAGGGAUUGAUUUUGUUGGUUAAACCGAGACCGUUGUGUUGAGUUUAUCAAUCUCAAUUGAUUUCAUCAAGGAGUUAAGAGAUUAAAUGCUACUAUCAAGUCGGUAUAUGGCGGUGUUCUAUACUUGACUAAUAGUAAGGGUUAUUAAUGAACGGUUGUUUUUAAUAGCUACCCUCGAUGAAUUGGAUAUACUCCUCGAUUGAGUAUUCGAAAGGGAAUAAGUUAUAGAUAUAACAAUGAUCGACUAAAAUUUAUCAACAAGUGGAAAGUAGCAAUGCCAAGUCCUUUUUAUCUUUGAAUUAAACACAUAUAGGUUGUUCAUCUUAGUUUCUUAAUUAAAUUAAAUCAUUCAAAACCAAAACCCCCCUUUUAAUUACUAGUUUCAUAAAAAGAGAAUUAUUCCUUUCCCUGUGGAUACGAACUCUACUACGCUAUACUACGUAUAAGUGUUUAGUAUUGAAUUUAUUUUGACGCACCGUGACAAAGUGCUCGUCAGCUCGCUUACAAGAAAAUGGUUUGGAAGCCCUGAAGAAGGUGGGAAGAAAUUAUCUUGAUAGACCAACAUUCAGAAAUGCAGAAAAUCAGACUAAAUAUGGGUAUAAUUAUGUACCAGGCUUUCAGAAAAAACAGAUUGGGUUACUACCUAAACCUGUACACUCUCAAGGGAGAUAUCAUGGAUCCAAAAAAGAAACUUGUGUUUUCAUUGUGAUGAAAGGUAUGCUCCAGGUCACACCUGCAAGGCACAGAUAUACAAGAUUCAAAUACUGCCUAUUGUGGAAGAAGAGUGUAAAUUCAAUGGAAGAAGAUGUGGAACUCCAAGGGUUAGACAACAAUGAACCCAGCUACCUAGGAGAUCGAGAAGAAAAUGAUGAACCACCCUUAAUUUCUUUAAAUGCCUUAUCUGGUCAUCAAAAUUUUCACACCAUGAGAGUAGUGGGGAAGGUGACAAAACAUGACCUACACAUCUUGAUUGAUUCUGGGAGUACCCAUAAUUUCUUAGAUCUCCAAACUGCUAAGAAAUUGGGUUGUAGGAUUUCAAAUUCCUACCCUUUGGAAGUGUCAGUUGCCAAUGGUGAAAAGAUCUUCACAAAUCUAACUUGCCAAAACUUCAAAUGGAAUCUACAUGGACAAGAAUUUGUAACUGACACUAUGUUGGUUCCUCUUGGAAGUUGUGAAAUGGUUUUGGGAAUUCAAUGGUUAGCUUCCCUGGGGCAGAUUAAUUGGAAUUUCAAAGAUCUUAUUAUGGAAUUCAAUUAUUUGGGAAGAAGAGUUGUUCUGAGAGGUAGUAAAAAGGCAGUCUCAGUUGGAUGAAUGGAAGUCAAAGCCUCAAGGAAAUACAGAAAGAAAACAGAAGUUGGAGUGGUCAACUACUGGUGAUUCAAGUAAAUCAAAGACCAGAGGUAUCCCAGAUUACUCAUGACAGUGCAAAAGACAAUGAGUAUCAACUAGAAAAGCUUGAUCAGUUGCUUCACUCAUAUUCAGACAUAUUUGAAGAACCAAAACAACUACCCCCACACAGAGAGCAUGAUCAUAAAAUCCAUCUUAAACCAGGAACUACCCCGAUUAAUGUAAGACCCUACCGGUACCCUGUGAUUCAGAAAGAUGCUAUUGAAGAUAUAACAAAAGAAGUGCUGGACCAUGGUAUCAUAAGACAUAGUCAAAGUCCGUUUUCUGCACCAGUGGUGAUGAUUAAAAAAAAGAGAUGGGGAUGUGGAGGUUCUGCACUGAUUACAGAGAGCUAAAUAAGCAAGCCAUCAAAGAUAAGUUUCCAAUUCCUAUCAUUGCUGAAUUGCUAGAUGAAUUGCAUGGGUCCAGUGUAUUUUCCAAAAUAGAUUUGAGAUCUGGUUAUUGGAAAAUAAGAAUGAGAGAAGAAGAUAUUAAAAAAACAGCAUUCACAACUCAUGUAGGGCAUUUUGAAUUCCUAGUGAUGUCUUUUGGACUCACUGAUGCCCCUUCUACUUUUCAAAGUCUGAUGAACUGUAUAUUUCAGCCAUAUCUGAGGAAGUUCAUAUUGGUUUUUUUUAUGACAUCCUCAUUUACAGUUCAAAUUGGACAGAACAUCUAAAACACUUACAAAUCACUCUGGAAAUCCUUAGACAGAAUGUUUUAUUUGCUAAAAAGAGCAAAUGCAUCUUUGGGGUAAAAGAGGUUGAAUACUUAGGGCAUAUCAUAUCCAAAAAUGGAGUGUCUACUGAUCCUGUGAAAAUUGAAGCAAUGCAGACCUGGCCAACCCCUAAAACUAUCAAAGGAUUAAGAGGAUUUCUAAGUUUGACUGGCUACUACAGAAAAUUCAUCAAGAAUUAUGGAAUCUUAAGCAAGCCAUUAACUUGCUUGCUAAAGAAGAAUGCAUUUCUCUGGAAUGAAGAUGCUGAACAGGCCUUUAUGCUACUUAAAAAGGCCAUGAGUGAAGCACCAGUGGUAGCCUUACCAGAUUUCAAGCAAUCGUUUGUGAUAGAAACUGAUGCUUCUGAUAAAGGAAUUGGGGCUAUUCUCUCUCAAAAUCAGCACCCCAUAGCCUAUUUGAGCAAAGCUCUUUCUGAAAAGAACUAAAGCCUUUCUACAUAUGAAAAAGAGUUACUGGCUGUGAUAUUGGCUGUAGAAAAGUGGAGAGCAUACCUGAUUGGGCAUCAUUUCAUCAUAAAAACAGAUCACUUUAGUUUAAAAUACCUACUGCAGCAGAAAAUCACCACCCCAUUCCAAAGUAAAUGCCUACCUAAACUCAUGGGAUUAGAUUAUGAGAUUGAGUAUAGAAAGGGCAAAGAGAAUGUGGCAGCAGAUGCACUUUCCAGAUUAGGAAAUGGGGAAUUGAUCAGUAUGAUACUAACUGAAGUGCAAUCUGAUCUCUUGAACAAAAUACAAAAAAACUGGGAAUUGGAAGGGACUGCUGAGCUGAUCAAGAAAUUGAAAGAAGAACCUGGUGCAGUAAAGAAGUAUUCUUUUUCAUAUGAUAAACUGUUAAGAAAAGGAAAGCUGGUGGUGGGAGAAGAUGAAAGCUUAAGGAAGGAAAUUAUUCAGAACUUACACAGUUCUGCCAUGGGAGGGCACUCUGGAAAUCAAGCCACCAAUAAGAGAAUCCAAGCUCUUUUCUAUUGGAAAGGUAUGAAGAAAGAUAUAAGAAACUUCAUCAGAUGUUGUAUCAUUUGCCAGAGGAAUAAACUCAUACUGGAAGCUCCUGCUGGUCUUUUACAACCCCUACCUAUUCCUGAGGCUAUUUGGGUGAAUAUCUUUAUGGAUUUCAUAGAAGGCUUACCUGAGUCCAUGGGAAAAGACAUUAUACUGGUUGUGGUGGAUCGCCUCAGUAAGUAUGCCCAUUUCCUUUUACUUGAUCAUCCAUAUGAAGCUAGCACUGUAGCAAAGGAGUACUUUGAACAUGUUUUUAAACUACAUGGACUGCCUAAGACUAUCAUAAGUGAUAAAGAUAAAAUCUUCCUCAGCAAGUUUUGGCAAGAAACUUUCAAAUUACAGCAAGUAGAUUUGAGAUUGUCUACUGCAUACCACCCACAGACAGAUGGACAAAUGGAGAUUGUCAAUAAUGUUUGGAAACUUACCUACGAUGCAUGACAGGAGAAAAUCCAACGGAAUGGGCCAAAUGCAUUCCCUUGGCGGAGUGGUGGUACAAUACAAACUAUCACUCAUCUAUAGGCAGAACUCCUUAUGAAGUUGUAUAUGGUCAAUCUCCGGCCAUACACCUUCCAUAUAUACAAGAAGACAGCCUAGUGGAAGCAGUGGAUCACAGCUUAAGUGCUAGAGAAGAAUGCAUUCAGAUGCUUAAGUUUCAUCUCAAAUGAGCUCAGGACAGGAUGAAGGCUCAAGCUGACAAAAGGACUGAUAAAGAAUUCAAGGAAGGGGAUUGGGUGUACUUAAAGCUGCAACCGUAUCGACAACAGUCUGUGGCUUAUAGGGGCAAUCAAAAAUUAGCUCCCAGAUUCUUUGGUCCCUUUGAGAUUAUAAAGAGGGUGGGGCAGGUGGCAUAUAAAGUAAAGUUAGCUGAAAAUGCAAGAAUGCACCCUGUCUUACACAUAUCUCAGCUCAAGAAACAUUAUGGUGACCUUCCUACUAGCUAUACUCUUCCUAAUAUGAACGACAACGGAAUGUUGAGUGUGGAACCAUUGACAGUAUUAGAAAGAAAAAUAGCUAAAGUAGGAAAUGGAGCAGCAGUGUACUGGCUAGUCCAAUGGAUGAAAGGAAACAAAGAAGAUGCUACUUAGGAAAGAUAUGAAGAAUUAGCCAAAAGGUUUCUAGAGUUUGUAAACCGUUCACUUGCAGCUUGUGGACAAGCUUCAUUUUAAGGGGGGUGGAUUGUUAUGAAUUGUAUAAGCUGUCCACGUGGAGUGUCAUGGUUAGAAUUGUAAUCUACAUGACACUUGUAUAGAACGGAGCUAAUAUUGAACUUUGUUAGUAGUUGUUAACUAACAAAGUUUGUUAGAACAGUUAGUUGGGCGGGUGGAACAUGAAUGUAUAAAUAAGUCCAUUUGUAUACUGUUUUAGCAUCCGGAAUAAUAAUCGUCUUCUUCCCUAUGCUCUCUGUAUUUCAUUUCUUGUUAAAUUUGAAUUCUAUUCUUUUCUCUAGAAUUCCUACUCUGUUUAGCUAAUUCAUCGAUCCAGGAUCCCUGAAUAUAGCACAGCUGUGCGAUGAUUUCUAAACUGGAGGUGGUGAAGACGACGGGGCUCGUCACCAAGGGUGGGUUUUAAAGUAAAAAAAUUCGGCGAAUUAUUUGGCUGAAUAAUUCCGGCGAAUUAACGAGAGGAUGUUGGGGAAACAAUAAGCUACUGCAGUAUUUUCUUUCAUCAAGGAUACUCCCAUGACCGGUUAAGAAGGCUAGUUUUGGAGAUGAGUUUACUAAUUUAAGUUGGUAACUUUUUUUGUUAUUAUUUUUAUUUUUGGUUAACCGAUUAAUGGUUAACCAAAAUUUUGGUUAAUCAAUAUUCAGUCAACUGAAAUCUCGGUUAACCGAUUUUCGGUUAUCCAAAUUACGGUUAACGAUGUAUGCUCGUUAAAAUGGUAUUGAUUACUUGAAUAUAAGACUAAAAUCGACCGGUUUGGGAAAAAGAUAUAGGCUAAAAACGUGUAGUCUGCUCGGAUUUACCCCUAUCCACUUUCAUAUCUCUCGGAAUUAGGUAAACUGGCCGAAUAGAUUUCUUAGCAUUUCUAAUUCGGUCGGAAUUUUCUGGAAUUUUUUACAGAAAUUUUUUUACUUGGACUGAAAUUUCUGGUUUGAACUAUUAAGUGUUUGAUAUUUGUGUAUUUUAUAACUAUCCAAGUUUAGUCUUUUCGAAAUCUGAUUUGAUUUAGGAUUCAAAUCCAAGUAAAAGCUUCCUAAUAAUGGAUGGAGUCAUUCUUUUUUCUUUUACGAGUACAUUUUAAUUAUGAUGCAUCAAUUACAUCCCGUGUAUGCAAAUCUUUUAUUUAUUUUUUUGUAUAGAAGAAAUAGGUUUAAAUUGAUAACACAUUACACAUCACUCAGAUAGUAGGUAAAAACAUAAAGACUUCUGGGAACUAUCGAUCUUCGAACCAAACUCAGAGUUUAUCAUCUCUGAUAAAGCAAUAUAACUUGUUGAUUCAUUAUUGGGCGCAAAUGAGCCAAAGACGGUUAACGCAAUCCUUCCAUCACCCACAUCCAAAUCCAGUUUUACAGCAAAAUAAAAUGCAGAAACAAAAAGUGACUGAAAAACUCAGACUAUUAAAACAAAAGAACGCUAAAAAAUAAAACUCAUGCCCCUGCUUCCAAAUCACCACCAUCUCCCAUACUCCUGGGACUGUCCUCUGUGUUGGCAGCUUCGGCGAGCUUACACCUUGAAGCUCGCCUUCUCCCCAUUUUUUUGCCCCAUCCAGAGCCAUAUUGUCCCCCAACUUGAUUUUUUGUUUCCUGAGCCUCCCAGAUUGGCCUCCGUUUUUGCUCCCCUAACACCCCCCUCAUUGCUUCCUAAUUCCACAUCUUUCGUUGAGCUGUUAACCAUACCCAACAUGGACUCCUUCCAAUCACCUUAGGCUGGGGAUCCCAACUCGAACUAGAUGAACCAUCCACUGACCAUUUAUUUCCUCAUGUAGGACUAGUCUUCACCCCACUACCAGCUCUAAGGUGUACUCCAAAUAUUUUUUCUAGUACCAGAUUUUCUUCAUAUGGCAACGGGCAGAAUUUAUCAGAAUGGCCGAUUAUACGACAAACAAAACAGAAGUUGGGUAGUUUUUCAUAUUUAAAGUCCACCCAGUAACCAAUCCCUCUUUUUUGAGAAAAUGGAAACUAAUAAUCCAACCUUUUAACGGUGUUCUUAUAAUAGUCCCGCCUUUUGAUUAUUUAUGAAUAAUCUAACCUUUGCAUCCCAUCUUCAUUCACUGGUCCCUGGCCGAUUUAUGACCUGUUAUUCCAAGUUAUUUUCUUAUCUUUGCAAAAUAUUAUGUAGGUGGGAUUAUUGGUAUAAUGUUUUACAAAGAUAAGAAAAUAACUUGGAAUAACGGGUCAUAAAUCGGUCAGGGACCAGUGAAUGAAGAUGGGGUGCAAAGGUUGGAUUAUUCAUAAAUAAUCAAAAAGUGGAACUAUUGUAAGAAGACCGCUAAAAGGUUUAAUUAUUAGUUUCCAUUUUCCCCUCCUUUUUUAAAGGUUGUACCCUUUUUAGAGGUUUUUCCACAUCCAUACACACCCUGAAACGCAGAUAAGCCUCCCACUUUUCACCAAAUUUGUUAUCAUCAUACUGAAUAAAUUUACCAAUAAAAUUACCAACUCAUCUAACAGUGCUUAGAUUCAUCAAACUGUAAGGAACAUUAUGAAUUUGUACCCAAAACUCAACUUUAUUUAAGCAGAUCUUGUGCGGAAUAUCGUCAGAUCUAACCUCUUUUGGAAUCAACAAAUUCCUCUCAAAUUGUCACGGGACUCCAUCAAGAACAUGUUUCAUAUCUACAAUAUGAUAGAAAGUAAAAAGAUACCUUUUGUCCCCGAUUUCUUUGAUCAUCACACCUUUCCCCUGCCUCCACAGCGAAGCCAUAGGCUCCUUGAAAAUCGGAAACUUGAUCUUUAUGUCUGUCAACAUUGCACCCACAACAGGAUAACUCAGUCGACUCUCCUCUACUGGAACAUCAUCGAGCUUAGUCUCAUCCACAUCUAACUCCUAUGUUCCCCUCCUAGAGCCAUCUUUUUGUAUUGAUCAACAAUUUUCUCCAUCGAGCGGUUAUUGCUCACACCCAACUUUCUCCGCCGCCCUCUCAGAAAAGGAGACCACGCUGCUGCCCUUGCUGGUAAAUCCCACCGUCGUUUACCUCCAUUGCCCAUCUCCUUCGUUCGAUGUUGCAAAAUAACAAAAAAAAAGCGCCUACGGCGCCGCUCCUCGACUAUGUCGAUAGUGGAAAGUUGAACCCUAACGGUGGAGCCGUGGAGGCCACCUUAGAGAGAGAAAGUUAAGUAAUAAUUGCAAUGCUUUUAUUUUAAAAAAGUGAUUUUAGAGAAAAUGUGUAAUAGUAAAAGUUGUCGUUUAAGAAAAGAAAUGUUUUUGAACAAGUAAGAGUUGAUAGUGUUUGAUAAAAAAUGUUUUUAUGUAAAAGAAAACGUGAAAACUAAUUUAAAACAAUCCUCCACUUAUUUUUAAUUUUUAAAUAUUUAAUUUAAGCAGAAACAGUCACCUCAAAAUAUAACUUCACUAUUUUAGGACAAAAACCUGGAAGCACUUUUUUAGAGUUUGUGCCGUUCCUAAGAGAUUUGUUCCUUUCGUCAAGAGGCUAAUAAGGGAUUUGCAUAUGUUUCAUCAAAUUAAAGAUUUCAUUUGUGAUUCUUCUUUGGGAGUUUUCAACUGCAUGCAUGUGCUUAAGUGCUUUCACCCCAAGAUAAAUGUCCUCCUACUUAGAAAAAUACUGCAUAAUACUACUAUCUCCGUCCCAAUGGACAGAGUAGUAAAAAUUAUGUUUUGCACUCUUUGAAUUAUAUGAGAAAUAAGAAUAGUAAAAAUUGUGUAGUUGAAGUUUAUGCAGACCAAAAAAAAAUGGACAUAAUCACAAAAUAGUUACUUUAAUCGUAAAGUGAUAAAACUUUUUGAGCAAUCAAAAAGAGAAAAUUGACAAAGUUGAAUUGGAAGAGAAAGGAUAACUUUGGAAGGGAGAGGAUACUUAUAAAAGGGAGUGGGAAGCAAAACGAUCUUUCUUCAACCAAACUGAACAACCUUUUGCACACCUACCUCGAAAUGGAACUCCCCCCAACCUUCUUUUACCCAUUAUGUGGAAAGGUUUGAGAGCGCAGAGAUGAGAGAAACAUUGUUAUGCGAAUAAGGAGAAAUAGGAGAUCUAAUUCAUAAUCAUUUGUGUACAUGAGUAUUUAUACAAGAGUAUGAACCGUUAGUCUGUUAAUACAGUUAAAUUUGUUAUAACAAGUAUAUAAGGCUAACUGUAAUAACAAGACUCUAACGAUCUUCUUAUCUUCACACAUUAUUAUCAUCUUCUUUAUGGCAUCCUUCGUUCAGCCGGCCUCUCUUCUUCCCCACUAAUCAUUUCCUCCCUCAAAACUUUGUUCAUUGGAGAGAGACCCCUGAAUCUCACAUUUAUUCUGCCGAUCUUCCAGGUACCUUGGCGUAGAUGUUCUUUUGUACGUGAGUUUUUUACAUUUUAGCUGUGCACAGAUCAUUUGAAAAAAAACUCAAAACGUAUUGCAUGAGACAAAAUGUACUAAGCGUGUAAAAACAAUAUUUAAAAAUGAACUUUUUUGCUUCUAUAAGUUGGUGUAUUGAAACUUCCAUUGACCCUUCUGACCUCGUUUCUGACAUGGCUUAUGGCUAAUGUUGGUGCAAGUGCUGCUUGAUUUAUUUUUGGGUAUUUUGGUCAAUAGUGACUGAAUUUGUAUAACAUCGAAGAAAAGCUAUGAAUAGCUUGGUCCAGACUAAUUACGAUAUUGAGUACUGAUAAUAGGGAUGGAUUCGGUUCGGGCCACCCGGCCCGGCCCGGUACUGUGCGGGCCCGGGACCGGCCCG